AUGGCCGGGUCAAAGACAUGGAUUGUUGUCUUGUUGCUUAUACUGGUCCAGACGUCGUCACAAGCUUGUCCAAAUUGCACCGAACUUUGUACCAGUAUAAGUGUGGGUUGUGUCAUCCCGGGGGCACAUUGUCGGCGCCGUGUUAACUGUCGCGUGACAGGAGCGAACUGCACCAGUCAGGAACUUGCCUCUUGUCUGCCGGACUCGUUUGAUGGCCUAAUGCUGACCGGACACUAUGACAGCAACGGUACACUGAAACCCCUGCCCAGUCUUCCCGCGUUUAACGAACUGUAUAUUGGUAAGCGGAUCUCGGACAUUAGGGCAAGGGCCUUCGUCACGUUGGCUUCUGUGCAGAGGCUGGUAUUGAAUUGGAACUCUAUCCGAGUUGUUGGCAAGUGGUUUGACGGGUUAAAAGACACGAAGCAACUUUCCCUCUCCCGGAACAAGAUCGAAGGCAUCGCGAGAGGAGCCUUUGAGCCCUUGCAAAAGCUAGAUACUCUAGAUUUGGAUAAUAACAGGAUUCAGAAUAUCGAGUCAUGCUUGAAGUCAGAGGGGAGGGAUAUCAUGCGAAGAAUAAAUAAUCUCUACUGCAGCUACCCACCACAUCUCGUAGGGAAGAAGAUCCCAGAGGUGUCCCUAGAAGACAUGCCAUGUCCUCCCCCUGUAGCCCAUGUUUCACGUGCUGACAACGGAACCACUCUCCUGUGUGAGGUGUACUGGGAGCAGCGACCGAACAUCAGCUGGGUCGGUCCAGCAGGCAGUAACAUCACCAACACGUCUGGCAAUGGCAUAACGACACACUUGGAACACGCUGUCACUCCAACAGGCCAUUCGAUAUCUGUCGGAACAGACUGCUCCAGCCAACACACAGAGGGAUCGACACUCAACUACAUGGGCAAGUCGACCUACAAGCUUCGAUUGAGCCAGGAGGACUUCCUAGAGUGGCCUGAGGACUCCUAUCGCUGUGUCAUAACGUAUCCAGUGGGUACUUAUUCAGUCAGCAUGACUUUGUCUUUGAUCAGCCCAAAGGCAAACGAGUCUUUGACAAGUGAUGAUAGGGAGGGAGGAAGCGGUCCAUCGACUGACGUGUCUCGAGCUGGAGUCCUGGCAACUACGGAGAUGCCGACGGAAUAUUUCGAAUUCUUACUGCCGUCACGUAACGACAAGCUCCCGCAGCAUCCUUGUACGCUGAACUUGAUCUACACAGUGGUCAUUGCCGUUAACGUGAGUCUUCUGGUCGGAUUUCUGGUCGGCUGGCUCAUCUGCCACAAGACAUCGCCCGACGGCCCGGCAAGGAGAGAUUUCCCGCCGUUACUGACCCCGUAUCACAGGGGUUCGCUGUUCUCUCUCCAUCACUACGAAGUAAUCCCUGACGAGAAGAUCUCAUCAUUACCUCACAAGGCCAAGCACUUUUUGAAUCCUCAGUACGGACAAGGCAACAUGGCGCCACAACGGCUGUCGAAAAAAGUUUUCGUCAACCCUCAGUACGGCCAAGGAAACACGACAAAGCAACGGAGGUCGAAAACUACCGACGUUUUCCUGAAUCCUCAAUACCACCAAGGAAAGGCAAAGCUUAAGCGGCGUUGGUCGGCACCUGUGCUACAGAAUGGUCAGUUAGUCGGUCAGCAGGAGCACCCAUGCCCUGAGGAGAAAGCCAAGCAGAUCAAGAAUCUUCGUCGUCUUCGACGAAAUCUCGAGGAAAAGAAGAGCCGGGCCCCAUCUUCCCACCGCUACACGCUCCCACAAACAAAGAUGAAGUUUAGAGAGUCCGCCGGGUAUGGAAAGGAGGGAUGUGACUGA